GCCUCCUUGCUCUAGAGGUCUGGAGGCUGAUUGGCUUCCUCAGCCUCUCCCACUCCGUUCAUACGGCUGACUGCGUGCGUGUUUCGGUGUCAGUCCGCUCUCACACUGCUGUUCAGAGGAGACGGAGACAUGCCGGGGCUUCUGCUCGGAGACGUUUUUCCUGACUUCGAAGCGAACACAUCGACCGGGAAGAUAAAGUUUCACGAAUUCCUGGGUAACUCAUGGGGCAUCUUGUUCUCUCACCCACGCGACUUCACCCCAGUGUGCACGACUGAGCUUGCUACUGCUGCUAGGCUCAGCAGUGAGUUCAAGAAGCGUGAUGUGAAGAUGAUCGCUCUGUCCAUAGACAGCGUGGAAGACCACUGCAGCUGGAGCAAGGAUGUGAUGGCGCUUUAUCCAGAGCAGGCAGCUUCUCCCCUGCCAUUCCCCAUCAUAGCGGAUGACAAGCGAGAGCUGUCGGUCCUCCUGGGUAUGCUGGACCCUGAUGAGCUUGACAAAGACGGCAUACCUCUUACUGCCCGAUGUGUGUUUGUUAUUGGUCCUGAUAAAAAGUUGAAGCUGUCCAUCCUCUACCCUGCCACUACGGGGCGCAAUUUCACUGAGAUACUUCGGGUCAUUGAUUCCCUGCAGCUGACAGCAAAGAAGAAGGUGGCCACGCCUGUGGACUGGAAGUCUGGAGAGGAUGUCAUGGUCAUCCCCUCUCUCUCAGACGAAGAAGCCAAAAAGCUUUUUCCUGCUGGUUUCACCACCAAAGAGAUGCCUUCUGGGAAAAAUUACCUGCGCUACACCCCACAGCCAUAAACCACCAGUAGGGUUUUGAAAGAGAACAGCAGAAAUAGCACUUCCUUUCCAACUUUGGCCUAUUUUGCGACCUGAUUCUAUCAAUAUAAAUAUAUAUCUGUAGCUGACAGUACUUUCUUUUCUGCCUCAAAACUCAGGCUUUAUGUAAUCAAUCAAAUUGACCUCAAUCCACAGGCAUAAUAUUUAGAGUAUGGGUGAUACCAAAUGUAUAGUGCCUUAUCUUCAAUGAAAACACAGUUCCUUUUGGCAUUUACUCUAGUUUUGUUUUGUUUAGUGGGAUACUCUGGAGUGGUGAACAUGUAUGCCAACUGAACAAACUCAGAAAAGCUGAUAUGGUUUAAGGGGGAAAACGUGGGAAAUGUUGGGUGAAUACUGAGAAUAAAUGAACGGACGUGAUUUAUACCACUGGCUACGUGAGGGAGGAAAAAAGAGACCAGAACACACAAAUGUUAUGCAAUGUAUUAGUGCUUUUACUGAAAUGGUUCUGUCUGUUCUCGGUUUCAGUAUCAGCCUACUUUGGCUUUCUGCAAAUUCAUUGGACGUUUAAGUAUGCCUCUAUCCUUGUUUGUUUUCUCAUAAAAAAAAAAACUGGAUUGGAUUUCGUACAUUUGUAUUUUUUUUUCUUAUUUUGGAUUAUUAUGUGCUGAUUAGGUCAGAUAUGUCCAUAAAGUAAAACAUUUAAUGUUGUUUACUACAUGUACUUUGAAUUUCGUCGCCCUGAGAAUGAAUCCGUGUGUUCUAAACAUGGACAUUGCACUUCAUUCAGAACUACUAGAAUGUUCUUGCCUUGUUUGCACUAAAGAUUGACAAUGAGAGAUUAAAAAUUAAACUUUGAUUGAUGUAGAAUGUAUUAAGGAUCGAAGCCUUUUCCCCCUGAUGUUAUUAGCCAGCAGAUGGCAGCAGAAGAUCAGUAAAUGUAAGAAACACUGCACUUUUUAUGAAGUGUACACUGUGCUGUAUGGUGUAAUGAUCAACUUAAGUAAAGACAUUUUUUACCACCAGCUUAAA